UCGACGUGCAUGGACAAGGCCCGCGACUCACGCAUUCACGUCCUCGCCGCCAGUCUAACAAACUCACACACCUAAAAGUGCAACUGAAGAGGGUGCCCCACUGGACGCAUCAUACGCACCAACUCCCGAGGCCGGCUGUCACAUGCAAGUCAAUCAGACGCCAAAUCCCCCCCCCCCCCCUGAGUUACAAUCGACUUGUCAUUUCCCAGUGGAAUAAUCAUCGAUAAAUUAUUCACAAAAAGUUUGUGGUAACCAAGUGCUGAGUAACCUGCAACUCAUUCCCAUCCAUCAAUAUCUUAUACCCAGUGCAAAGCAUUUCAUUGAAAAUCCCCGUAAAUUGUCGCGAGUGAAUAAACAAUGGGAAAUUUUUUCCUAAAAAUGACCUGAAAUUCAUCCCCUCGCAAGUGUUCCCGGACAAAUUCGAAAAUGAAGAGGGAUACGGCCGGUGAAUUUUGACGCCGAAGGCACGCCAGAGGCGACAAAACGCCCCGAAAAAUCCGAGUUCACCAUCCAAAUGACCUCAACGGUCGUUUCCCCCCCGAAAUUCCAUCACAAUCAGCACUGACCCAUCGAAACAUCCCAGGAACAUUUCAAAAAACACAUCAGGGAUGACGACGAGGCCCCAGAGUCCAACAGUGAGAUUGAAGAACUACCCUGCAAUUACAAAGCCCUACAGAAUAACUAACAAAAGAAAAAAGACCAACAAAACAAUGAGCAACAACUGAUAAACUCCGGCAAACUGACGUCUCGAGAGGCGAAGUGAAAACGAGAAAAAAAAAAAUUACAAGUCUCUAGAAAGGAAGAUGAGCGCUGCGGUAUACACCCUGUACGGGUUCGCAGUGUUCUUCAUGAUCUUCUGGGUGUGCCUAUGGAUAGUACACAUACUGGCACUGAUAUGCGGCCGUUGGAAGUUGCAUCGUAAACCAGUACAGGUGGCAAACAGCUACGAGGUACCAUUGCCUGGUGUAUCAAUACUCAAGCCCCUGAUGGGCAUUGAUCCAAAUUUAUUCAACAAUUUGGAGACAUUCUUCACACUUGACUAUCCAACAUACGAGAUUCUCUUCUGCGUCGAGGACGAGUCGGAUCCUGUACUGAUGCUUGUCCGUAAAUUAAUGGAGAACUACUCGAACAUUGAGACACGAUUGUUCAUAGGUGGUUGCCGUGUCGGUGUAAAUCCAAAGAUAAAUAAUAUGCAUCCAGCUUACGAGGCUGCCAAAUACGAGUUAAUACUCAUUAGCGAUAGUGGAAUUAGAAUGAAGGAGGACACACUCCUUGACAUGGUUGGAUACAUGGCUGACAAUGUUGGUCUUGUGCAUCAGUUGCCAUUCACAAGUGACAGAAGUGGCUUUGCCGCGGCCUAUGAGAAAAUUUAUUUUGGUACUGUACAAUCCCGAAUGUAUCUUGCUGCUGAUGUACUCAGAAUAAAUUGUCACACUGGUAUGUCAGCCCUUAUACGUAAAGCACCACUCGAUGAAGUCGGUGGAUUAAAAACAUUUGGUGUUUAUCUUGCUGAGGAUUUUUUUUACGCUAAAUCAUUGACUGAUCGGGGCUGGCGUAUGGCUGUAUCAUCACAGCCGGCAUUGCAAAACAGUGGACACUGUGAAAUGCACACAUUUCAAGCGAGAUUGAGACGAUGGGCUAAACUCAGAGUUGCUAUGCUUCCAACAACUAUUUUACUGGAGCCAUUGAGUGAGUGUCUUAUACUUGGUGCUUGUGCAUCAUGGUCUGCUGCAUUACUAUUCGAAUGGGAUUCACUUGUUUUUUAUCUUGUUCAUAUACUAAUGUGGUUUAUGCUUGAUUGGACGAUGCUGUGUAUUGUACAGAAUAGUCCAUUACCACUGAAUAAGUUGGAAUUUAUGUGCGGAUGGAUUCUCAGUGAAAUAACGAGACCUUAUUUGUUUAUACAGGCUGUGCUUGAUCCUCUUAUACAGUGGCGGUCUAGGGUUUACAAGCUUAAGUGGGGGGGACUUGCUGAGGAAGUUAAGGCUAAGGUUAAAUAUUAAUUUGGUAAUGGGGGUGAGGGGAUGGGGGGAUUUUUUGUAUUGAUGUGGUGAUUCACUUUGUUGGAUUGGAUUUCGUCGAAGGAUACUGCUCGAUUUUUUUCACUAUAAAAUUCGUUGAUUGACCGGAAAUGCGAUAAGAAAUUGUGGACAGCGAUGAAUUAAUUUUUUUUGGGCAAGAACAAUCGAUUUUUUUUACUGAAAUGUCCUUUGGAAAUAAUUACCGCACAGAAGGCUAUUGAUAAAUUCUGCGGAUUUUCUGCUGCUCUUGAUAUACAGAAAUUUGGAAUUGAAAAUAUUUUAUGGUGAAUUAGUCUGUUGAUAUAUUUUCUGUAAAAAUUCUUCGGCAGAAAUUUUUCCCGUUUUCGUUUGAGAGUUGAAGUAAAAAAUUGAAAAUGCGAGCUCUGGAAAAAAUUUGAAUUUUGAACAGAAAUUGUUUCUAAUUAAUUUUUUCACGCGUUAAAUUGAAGGAUAACAUUUUAUCAACCGCUAUAAAAUGCUUAUUUCCUCACAAAGCGGUCACCACAUUCACUGAAUUUUUUGACAAUUUUAUUAGUUUUUUAACAACUCAAUCGAUAAAUUCCGCAGCCCUUCUCCCCUUUCGAUUUACAGAAAUUUUCAGUUGAAAAUAUUCUACAGAAAACAUGAACGAAUUAAAAAAUUUCUAGACAAAU